AUGCGUGACCGAGAAGCCCGCCAGCGCGAGGGCGUCGAGGGAAGUACUACGACUCGCGCGAGCACUAACCCUCGGCCUGGCUGGCAACGAACAGCGAGUCACAACGAGACGCGACAGGACGAAAGGCCGCAGGACGCGUAUUCAGAGACCACCGAUACAGCCGGUUCCUCAUCUGGCACAGGAAGCCAAAAGCUCUACGAUAUGCUCCAGGUACCACGAGACGCCAACAGCGCGCACAUCAAAAAGUCGUACUACAACCUUGCUCGCCGAUUCCACCCGGACAAAAACCAGGACGAUGCGAUGGCGACGGACCGGUUUCAAAAGCUCGCCGAAGCAUACCGGGUGCUGUCGGAUCCAGAAUCGAGGGCAUUGUACGACAGGUACGGGGACAAGGGGCCUGUGAAGAACAGCGUGGACGUGAUCGAUCCGUCUACUCUAUUCGCAAUCGUGUUUGGCUCCCAGCAGUUUGUGAAUAUUAUCGGGGAGCUACGACUCGCAAGUCUUGCAAAUAACGUCGACGACGAUGGGGCGGCCCCCUCGCAAGAGAUGUUGGACAGGAUUCAGAGGGAACGCGUCGGCAAACUGGCGCUGGAAAUGGUCAAGGUGUUGAAGCGAUGGGUGGACGGUGAUAAGAGAGGGUUUCAUGGGGAAAUGCACCGGCAGAUGCGUCGGUUGGAACAGGCCAAGUUUGGGGUGGCGCUGUUGCGCAAGGUAGGGAAUGUGUACAUAAGACAGACGAGCUACCUGCUUGACAAGACACGACCGUUCAACUUGUCUGCCGUGGUGCGCAAGGCGUCCCUUCGGUCGCACAAAAUCUCGUCGCACAACAAGGCUAUGGCAGCGGCCGGGAGAGUGAUGGACAAGCAGCGUCGGCUACACGACCGGGUAAUGCGGUCCAACCGGGAUAAUCGGUCGAUCUCCGACGAAGAGGCGACGCAAAUUGCAGUGGAGAUGGCCGAGAACGCGAUUGACAUGAUGUGGAAAAUAUCUGUGAUCGACAUCGAGACGACGCUGCAGGACGUGGUGGGGAUCGUGUUAUCCGGGCGCGACCUGAUCGCCGAGGACCUGCCCGCGGCGCGUGAGCGACGGCCAGACGUGCCCGCGGACGGCGAGCGGUCGCGGCGACGGAUACGCAUCGGGUCGCAUCUCGGGAUAGACCGACGCGAUGGGCACUUGCGCGACGACAGCGAACGCCACGAGCUGGGCCUCGUCCGUCCUGGUGCGCAGCUGCAGCACGGACAGCGCGCCCAGACGCGGCAAGAGAUCCUCAGCGAACGCGCGUACGGCAUACAGACCAUGGGGAGAAUUUUCAUCUCGGCCGGGCAGCGAUAG